AUGGUCAUGCUGAAGACUGUGAUACCUCCACCAGCCCAUAUAGAUGUAACUGUUUACUGGAUAGCCACACAGAGGGCAAUAAGCCACACAGAGGGCAAUAAGUGUGAGCGUUGCCAGCCCCUGUAUAAUGACAAGGCCUUCACAGUGGGGGAUCAGCUCAACCCUUACAACUGUAAACCAUGUCAAUGUUACAACCAUGCUUCAUCCUGUGUGUAUAACAGGACCCUGGACCCCUACCCUGACGAGCACAACAGGGGAGGAGGCGGAAUGUGCAUCAACUGCCAACACAACACCAGAGGACAGCACUGUGAUCGUUGUAUCGUGGAGUUCUAUAGACCAUUGGGUAAAAGUUUGUUUGAUGUAGAUGUGUGUUCUCCCUGUGGCUGCUAUGCUGGGGGAGUACUCAAUGGGAACAUGGACUGUGAGAAGGAGGGAGGGCAGUGCUACUGUAAGGACUAUGUAGGUGGCAGGCAGUGCAGUGAGUGCAAGGCAGGGUACUUCAAUCUCCAGCCCAGCAGUGACGUAGGCUGUGAGGCAUGUAACUGUCACACUGAUGGUACUGUGGGUGGAAGCAUUAGUUGCCAUGCCACAACUGGGCAGUGUAACUGCAAGGCUAAUGUUAGAAACUUGAAAUGUGAUGCCUGUAACUUUGGCUUCUUCAACCUGACUUCUACAAACCCUGAUGGCUGCAGCCCAUGCAACUGUGACCCCCUGGGCUCCAAUGACCAGUACUGUGACCCCACCACUGGCCAGUGCAGGUGCAAGGACAAUGUGGUGGGAAAGCAGUGUGACCGCUGUAGUGACGGCUAUUACGACUUUGAGGGAGGCUGCAAGCCUUGUGGGUGUGACGUCCAGGGAACGGUGCCCAAUACCAUGUGUGACAAGGUCACUGGUCAGUGUGUUUGCAAGGCCAAUGUGGAAGGGCGCAGCUGUGACCAGUGUAAAGAAGGGUUCUUUGACUUUGGACGAGAUGUAUCUGUGGGCUGCUCCAGUUGUGACUGUAAUCUUGCUGGCACCCUGAACAGCUCCAGUCUGUGUGACAAGGCCAGUGGGAACUGUGAGUGUAAGAGCAAUGUUCAGGGCAGGACUUGUAACCAGUGUCGUGGAAACACGUGGAACCUGAACCUGACCAAUCCUGAUGGGUGUGAGUCAUGUGAUUGUGAUGUCACGGGCACACAGGAAGGCAACGAGAAACCGCCCAAUGAGCUGACAUGUGACCAAAACUCGGGGCAGUGCACCUGUCUAUCACAGCGGAGGGGGAGAAGGUGUGAGGAAUGUGAAUCUGGUUGGUACAUCAACAACGUCCCUGGUGGUGGCUGUCUGAACUGUGACUGUCACCGGCAAGGUGCUAUCACUGGAACUGUGUGUAAUUCUGUCACUGGCCAGUGCCAGUGUAAAGCACAGGGGUCAGGGGUCACAGGAAGGAGGUGUGACACCUGUCAAGACAAGUUCUAUAAUUUUGACCCUGGAAGAGGAGAAUGUGAGCCAUGUCGCUGUAACCCAGCUGGUAGUUUGAAUGACACAUGUCAUGCUAUGACAGGGCAGUGUGAAUGUAAAGAGUUUGUCACCUCCCUCAAGUGUGAUCAGUGUAAGCCAGACUCCAGUGUACUGGAGGCUGAGAACCCUUAUGGCUGUAGUAAAACACCUCAGCAGCAGCCACCGCCAACCUAUAUGGUACUGAAUGCCACGUCUCUACGUAUCAUGUGGGGUCCACCUGACUAUCCCAAUGGGGUCAUCCUCACCUACUUCCUGUUUAGAGAUGGGCAGCAGGCUGCAGCUCUAGACCCAAAUGUAACCCAAGUGCUGGAGUACAAUGACACAGGCCUGGUUCCCUUCACAGACUAUGCGUACUAUGUUCAGGCAGUGAACAGACAUGGUCUGGUACAGAGCCCAGAGGCUGUCUUCAGGACACCUGAAGGUCCACCACAGGGCAGAUUUGACCUCAUGGUCAGUAAUGUCCUGGUAAACACAGCUGACAUGAGGUGGACGCGACCAACUGACCCUAAUGGCCUUGUUCUCCUCUUUACCCUGACCUCAGUGACCCCCUCUAACCCUGAUGUACCUCUGGUACACUUCAACAAAACAGAGGAAUUUGAGACCCGGCUGACGGACCUUAUCCCAUACACAAACUAUACCUUCACCAUCACAGCUUGUAACCUGGGCGGCUGCCUGAGUGCCGCCCCAGUGUGGGCAGUGACCAGGCAGGCCGCACCCACUGGACAAGGGUCACCUAAUGUCACAGCCAUCAGCAGCACUGCGUUCUAUGUGGAAUGGAAACCUCCUGCUUUGGCUAAUGGUAUCAUCAUCUUCUAUGAGCUGUGGAUGCAAGGUAUCCUGCAACCUGAUGGAUCUCGUAACCCUCCCCUCAGCCGAAUCUUCCACCCUGCAGGCCAGUACAACCCUCGGCCCACUGUCACCCCCCAGGAAAAUGCUCUGGUCCCCCCUAGCACCAACUUCACGGUGACGGGACUUGAGCCUUACACGGAGUACGAGUUCCUGGUGCUGUCACAAAAUGAUAUUGGGAAGGCCUCCAGUCCGUGGGUUGUGGCAAGGACUCUGGAAGCAGUGCCCCUCUCCAUGCCUCCUCCAGUGAUAUCUCCUGUCUCCAGCAGUCAGCUGAAUAUCACAUGGACUUCCCCUGAGGAAAGACAAGCCAGGGGGAUUAUUGUCCAAUACAGGAUAUAUGAGAGAAAAGUGACCAAUUUGACACAAAAUCCCUUUGCUCCUCCAUACUAUCAAGAGUUAGUACAUACUGCCCCAGGAACUUCCGAGUUCUUUCUCCAUGGUGGUUUAGCACCGUACUCGUACCAUGAGUACAUGGUGGAGGCCUGUAAUAGUGUGGGAUGUGUGAACAGCACUAGUGUCAGAGAGAAAACACUCGCGGCACCACCACGUGGCCAAGGCAAGCCAAGUGUGAUUGGCUACAAUAUGUCCACCAUGGAAGUGAAAUGGUCACCCCCACAGGAAUUCAAUGGACCUGCACCUCAUUACCUGGUAGAAAGGACCAGCACUGCCUUCAGUUACCCUCCACUCAGAGUGGAAUAUGGCACACGUUUUCCAGGGGGAGGCUAUUACAAGUUCCCUCCAGAAACUCUGAAGCAAGGUGUUGGCUUCACAGGUGUUGACUUGUGGUUUAAGACAUCAAACCUUCAUGGUCUGUUGAUGUUUGCUGCCUCUGAAGGUCAGCAGGAGGAGUUUAUAGCUCUACAACUCAGAAAUGGAAGACCCUGGUUUUUGUUUGAUCCACAAGGCUGCGUGGCUUACUUGUCACCAAAUGAAACCAUUGACGGCAACCGAACGUACACAGAUGGUGAAUGGCACCACAUGAUCGUUAGGCGCAGAGGCCUUAGUGGAUCUAUCGUAAUAGAUGGCAUGUUUGCAGGUGGAGAACCUCUAUCAAAUGGCUCUAAGACUAGUGAAUGUGCCACUGGGAACAUUAUAGGCAGUAACACUGGGUUGUACAUAGGCGGCCUUCCCAGAGAAUUCCAGAUAAAGAGACCUGAGAGAGACUGGAGAGCCAGGGUGAUGCGUGACAGUUUCCAGGGCUGCGUGCGUGACAUCAAGAUCUUACACCAGGAGUACCCUGAGGAGAUAUGGCAGCCCGUAGACUGGGCAGAUGCCACAGAGAAUGUGGACGCUCUCCACAGCUGGGAGGGAUGUCCCGUGGAAUUGGAGGCACCUCCAGCCAUACAGAAAUCUGAUACAACUCAUUUUCUUGGGAGGGGUUAUAUUGCAUUUCCAAUGGAUGCAAGCGCCAGUCUAGAAAGCACCAUAAAAAGGGGCAAUGAUUUUGAUAUACGGUUUCAAUUACGUACAGAGUUAAAAACCAGUCUACUAUUCUUUGCCUAUGGAGGACUGGAAACCUAUUUUUAUGUCCAAAUGAUCGAUGGUUCUCUGUUUGCGGAGUUCAGCACACCUGUAGCAAGAGGGUAUGUUCUUUAUCCCCACCAUUUGGUUAACUUGUGUGACGGUCAGUGGAAAGAAAUAUUCGUUCUGAAAAAAGGACAGAAACUGCUUAUUCAGGUGGACAGGGGGAAUGAACGCACCAGUGGGAAUGACAAGAUCACGGCGUAUCUGAAUUUGGUCUCUCCAUUGUACAUUGGUGGAAUUCCUAUGAAUUCAGAGUCUGAGCAGUUUGUGAAGGAUAACAACAUUGCAAUGGUCAAGGAAGGAUUUGGUGGCUGUAUGAAGAACUUUCGCAUCAAAGGUUUCUUGAAGUUGGACGUUCUGACCAAAUCAACUAGCAUUCUCAAUGUGAACAUGGAUGGCUGUCCCCCCUAUGUCCCCAGCUUGGCUCCCUGUCAGGCCUCUUCCAGUGUGUUUGUGUAUAACGGAACUGGGAACAUCACUUACAAUUCAGGACUGAAUAUUUUCACAGACUACUUGUACCGUGUUUAUGCUGUGAAUGAUGCAGGGAAUACCUCCAGUAGCUGGACCAUUGGAAAGACUAAGGAAGGGCCUCCCAAUGGUAUGUCUCCCCCCUACAAUGUGCGUGCCCACAGUGGGUUUGUCAUAGGUGCCCAGUGGUCACACCCUACUGGUAACACUGGCCUGCUGACCAAGUACAUGCUGCGAGGUUAUGACUGGAGGAACCUCUCCAUGGCACCAAGAGAGACAGAAUUCCUGAAUACUUCCAUAACAUAUGGUAAUCUGACCACUGCAAUCCCCUACACUCCAUACAAGCUGGUCCUGGUGGCGUGUACUGCUGGAGGAUGUGCUGAGAGCGCAGGAGUCAAUAUUACCACACCAGAAGAAGCACCCCUGGCUGUGUCAGCUACCACUGCCCUCUCUGCAGGCCCCACCUGGAUCACUGUGGGCUGGUCCCCCCCUCUGAGCCCCAAUGGGAUCAUCACAGGCUAUAUACUGCUGAAGGAUGGACAAGAGGCUCACAGGGGGAAUGGCCUCAAGUUUAAUGUGACAGGACUGCAGGUGUACACUUCCUAUGUGUUCCUGGUCCAGGCGUGUACUAGGGUGGGGUGCACUGAUGGUCCAGAGUCAGUCCUGGUCACUGCACAACUGCCCCCUACAGCCACUGACCCUCCCACACUGACUGUACUAGGAACGAGAAGAAUCCGGGUGGAGUGGAGAGAGCCAUCUCAGUUGAAUGGAGCAAUGGAGAGAUACGUUCUGUUGGUGUCUGUGCAGGCUGAUGAGACUGGUGUAGAGAUGUAUAACAGCACAGACCUGUACACAUAUUACACACUGGAAGGGCUGGUGCCUGGGACCACCUACCAUAUCAGAGUCAUUGCAUGUACAGGUGGAGGGUGCACCACCAGUCCCCCUAGCACUGCUAGGACAGAGGAGAGUGCACCAGAGGGUGUGCCUGACCCAGUGGUAGUCUCUCCCAGUCCUACAGAGCUCAGGAUUACCUGGGGAGUGCCUCUCUAUCCUAAUGGCAUUGUGUUGCGAUAUGACCUUUACCACAAUGGCCUCAAGGUGUCGCCACCUCCAACAAAUCGCAGCUACUACGUCAGUAACCUCAGACCCUGGAGUCUGAACACAUUCCGUGUGGCAGCCUGCACAGCCAAGGGGUGCGGCUCUAGCAAUGAGAUCUCAGCGCGUACACAGGAAGCACCACCAGAGGGCAGGGUGGUGCUGGAUCUGAGGGUCGAAGGCGCAAGAACUGUGAUGAUCAAAUGGACGGCACCUGCUCAACUGAAUGGGAAUGUCAGCUAUACUGCUUACUUUGAAGGCUACUUUUAUCAGGAUCCAGAAAACUGGAAUUACAACCUGGUCACUGAUAACCGUGGUCUGUACACCAGUGGAGAGUCUGAUACAUGGGUAACUAUUGACAGCCUAGUGCCAUAUUCCCAGUACAGGGUGACAGUCAGAGCUGCUAACACCAAGGGCUCCAUUCUCAGUAAUGAGAUGGUGGCCAAUAUGCCACAGGGAUCACCUGAUGGAGUGGCGCCCCCUACACUCACAUCACCAAGCUCCACAUCUAUCAGAGCCACCUGGCGGCCAGUGGGAAGAGCUAAUACAGAUACACAACCAGUGUUUCAACUACAGUUUAGAGAAACCACAACUGGAGCAUUAGUUCAAGACCUUUUUGCACAGCCUACCACUGCCACUACCUAUCUGAAGACUACUCUGACUCCAUACACUCGCUAUGAGUUCCGCCUGGUGGCCAGUAAUACUGUGGGCUCCACACAGACAGAGUGGGUCUCACUUUACACCAGACAGGACAAACCUGGGGCUAUAGACCCUCCAAUGACAACCAAUGUCAAGUCACGCUCCAUUGAUGUUACUUGGGAACACCCACUGCAGAGGAAUGGCAUCAUCACGCAGUACAGAAUAUACCAGAAUGACCAGUUCAGGGAAUCUGUUCCUGGGAAUGUUACCCAGAUUGUGGCCACUGGUUUGAUUCCAUACACAGAUUAUGUGUACAAAGUGGAGGCAUGCACUGUGGCUGGGUGUACCAUGAGUCCAGAGUCUCAGUCUGUCAGGACACUUAUUGCAGCACCUGAGGGUGUCCCUGCACCCACCCUGAUCUCUGAGACCCCCACCUCCGUCCUCAUCUCCUGGGGUCCCCCUACCUUCCCUAAUGGCGACCUAACAGGUUACACCAUCGAGCGCCGCCUUAGGAACACCAGCGCCAUCACACUGGUGGCCCUCAUUGGCUCCGCUAAUCCCAGGAGAUACGUGGACCAGGCUGCAGUGCUGACACCUUAUACAGAGUAUGAGUAUCGUAUACUAGCAUCCACUGUUGUGGGUACUGGGUAUGGACCUUGGGCAGUGGUGACCACACGCUCUUCAAGACCUAGUCCUCUGAAUCCACCAGUAGUUGACAUAUUGGGUCCAACAUCUGUACGUGUUAACUGGAAAGCACCUACAAAUCCCAAUGGAAUCCUGGAAUAUUACAUCAUCAAGUUUCCCAUUCCAAGAAUAGAGCUGAGAAAUACCAGUAUAUUGUCUCUGGAGGUAGAUGACCUGUUGCCUUACACUGAGUAUACUGUCACAGUGACUGCUUGUACAGAUGGUGGCUGCAGUGAAAGUCAGCCUCGUGUUAUCAGAACAGAAGCUACAUACCCUGCAGGCCAACAGCCACCAGUGGCGCUACCUAUUUCACAAACACUGAUCUCAGUCACAUGGCAGGCUCCACCCAAUCCCAAUGGACCUAACAUAAGAUAUGAACUGGCCAGGUUAAAACUGAGGCAGCCUUUGGAUGAUCAAGCAAUAGGUUUUAACGUCUGGAACAGUAUCUACACGGGCAGCAAUACCAACUUUGAUGACCGCGGUUUGACAGUGUUCACCACCUAUGUGUACAGGGUCACAGUGUACAAUGACUUUGGUCCUAUGAUCAGUGACAAUUCUGAGGAGGUGACAACUUCUGGGGGAGUCCCACAGGCACCUGCUAACCUCACUGCGGUCCCUGUCAGCCAUGUCCAGGUUGGACUAUCUUGGAGCACACCAGAUGAGGUGACCCUCCAAGGCUUUGUAGACAGAUAUGAGGUCAUCAUCAGCAGCCCUGCUCUAAACACAACCAAGACUUAUGACUCAGACACCCAGCAGACGGUGAUAGACAGCCUCAGUCCCAACACAAGGUACCAGUUCUUGCUGAGGUUGUACAUCAAUGGAGGGGCAAGCAUAGACAGCAGACCUGUGUAUGCUACCACAUUAGAUGGAGCUCCAGAAGGGCUACCUCCUCCACAGCUCUAUGUGGUCAGUGACACUGCAUUGAGAGUGACCUGGACAGCUCCAGCCAAACCCAAUGGUCAGAUAACAGGAUAUUAUAUCUAUAUCAAUGGACAGAGAGUGGACCCAGCAAUGACCACUGCUGGAUCUUAUGUACUCCAGAAUCUUCAGCCUUACACCAUAUAUGAUAUAAAGAUUCAAGUAUGCACAGUAUUUGACUGUCUGAUGAGUGACACAACUCAAGGGACAACAGCAGAGGCCAUAGCCCAGAAUGUGCUGCCACCUACACUUGAUGUGAUAGACUCCUACUCCAUUGGCAUCAACUGGACUGUACCAAGUCGCCCCAACGGGAUCAUUGUGCGUUAUGAAAUAAUGAGGAAAGCCAUGCUGCCAUGUGAUUUAAUCCAGCAACCAAUGACCACAGCAGUUCCUAGCAGUGAGAAGUGUUCUUAUAUUGAGUGUGGAAUACUGGAGGGAGUGUGUGGUAGUCAGUGCUUCUCUGGACCCAAGACUUGUUGUGGUGGUGUCCUCUAUGACAAUCGCCUUGGAUACGAGUGCUGUGGUACAGACUACAUUGCUGGAAAACAAAGUGCAGAUGACGUCUGCUGCGCUGGGAAGUUCUAUCCAAGACAGGACCAUUUCCAAUGCUGUGGAGGACGGUAA